AUGUCUUCAAAAGUAGGAAUGGGUAGGGAAUCGGGAAGAUUAAAAGAUGCAGAUAAAAAAAAGGUCCUUGAUACAGCAACCAGAAAUCGUAGGGCACGUCGGGCUCUUGAGAGUUUAGAAAUGGACAACUAUCAACAAGAUCCACAUGCUGACAUUGUUUUGAAUAAAAAAGCCCCUAAAUUUUUAGACACUAUUGAGGCUAAAGGAGGGAGACGUAAAAAAGAAAAGAGUGCUGAAUAUUACAAACAAAAAUUUCGAAGGACAUUUGAACAAUUAAUCGAAGCUGAUCAAUUUAACAACCGUGACCCACCCAACUAUAAUACAAUAGAAGCACCCUCAUCAAACUUUCCACGCAGAAUAUUUUGUGCAGUCUGUGGAUUCCGGAGUUCAUACACAUGUACAACAUGUGGUGCACGAUAUUGUUGUAUUUCGUGUUUAGGUACACACCAAGCCACACGAUGUCUUAAAUGGGCUGUAUAAAUUUGCAACAUUGUAAAUAAUAUGAUUUCUCAUUUAUUUUUUAUUUUUUAUCAUCUUAAUUAUACUCAUAUACUUAAUUAAUUUUAAUUUGUCAAUAUUUUUUUUAUAUAUAUAAAUUGUUGGUAUUUAAAUACAAUUUUUUUACACGUCUUAUCUUUCAAAUAUCACUACAGGUUUAAUGAUAGGAUUUUCUAUGAUUAAAAUGUAUGAAUUACUAUUGAUCCAACUAAGGUUAAAACUAAAUAGUUAUGUAAUCUUUAUUUUAAGUUUGUAGAACUUUUGAUGUGGAUAAUUUUCAAUUAUAUUUUUGACAUGUAAUAUAAACUAUUUAGUUUUAUAGCAAAUGAAAAUUAAACACUUGAGGAUGUUUAGGUUAUGGACUGUGGUAAGAUUUAGAAAAUGAUUACUCAUCAACAUUUUAAUUCUGCUUGAAAUUGAUAUUCUAAUAGAAGAUUAUUUAUAAGUCAUACCUCCUAACUGUAAUUAAACAAUUAUAUUUACUAUUUACCUUUAAUAAAUUAUAAUUUGUAUCAUUGUUUGAUAAACAUAUUAAAUUAUAAAUAAAAUGUAUUCAAUUUAAUUAA